AUGGAACUGCUUCUCCUCGCCGCCUUGAUCUCACAAGCACUUGCUGCUCCUGCUGCGCUCACUCGCCGCGCCGCAGUGAGACCGCAAUUGAAGCAAGCAACAUAUCUCGCCAACGUCACAGACCCAUCCCUUUCACGAGACUCCUGCGGCUCCACUCAGAUCGGAGCCCGCACGUUCUGGACCUGCCGGGACACGAUGCUCUACAACGCCAGCACAAACCAAUGCACCUUCCCCAUCAUCACCAACAGCGCCAGCUGGACCAACAUGUCUUCCUCCGGCGGCCCGGCGAUCCAGCAGAACGGCCCCGUAGGCGCCGGUUCCUCGGGCUCGAACGCCAUUCUGCAAAUGUACGGAGGCGACACGUCUGCUUCCUCCAUGACGCCCUACUAUGCCGUGCAGAGCGACGCCUGCCCGACAAACGGCGUCUGCGCGGAUGGCUCUCGCUGGCCCGUCUGGCCGAACCAGCCCCCCGUCAUCACCUCUUCCGACUCCUCCGACGGCACCGCGGUGGGAUACACCUGGAUCGCCAAAGCACACAUCGCAAACCUGACCGCUCUGAACCCGCAGCCGGCCUAUUCCCUCUACAAGACCUUCUUCCCCAGCGGCGGCACGGAUUCAAAUACGCUACCUUACGCCACCCUCGUCGACGCCGCUUUCUGGCCCGCAGGCCAGAUCGGCUACGGCAACUACGGCAGCCUCCUGCAAAACGACACGCUCUACCUCUACGGCCAGACGAACACCGCCCAGACAGCCCUCGCCCGAGUCCCCCUCGCCUCGGUCGAAGAAACCAGCGCAUACGAAUACUACGUCAACGGCACCUGGACCCCCACCGCGCCGCCGGCCCUCAAUUCCACCACCACCACCACCUCCACCUCCUCCAUCAUCCUCCCCAACGCAGGCGCCGGCGGCCAAGGAACCUUCUACUACUCCGCUUACUUCCAGCGCUACAUCUGGCUCGGACAGGCGAGCAUUUCGAAUUCCGCGACGUUCUACAUGACAACGGCGCCGGCGCCCGAGGGGCCCUGGGAGGUUCCGUAUGAGCUCUGGCAGGGCGAAGACGGCGAUAAUGCGAUUGCCGGGGGGUAUUCGCUGCAGGCGCAUCCGGGGCUCGGGGGGGAUGCGCAGGGGGGCGUGUAUGUGACGUGGAGCCAGCAGUGGAGCGAGCGGACGGAUGCGGCGGGGUAUACGACGCCGUUGGUUUGGUUGCAGUUUUGA